GAAGGAAAACCAGGAAAGGAGAUAACAUUUGAAAUGUAAAUAAUGAAAAUAUCUAAUAAAAAAUAACCCCUCAAAAUAGACAACAUGUCAUAGGGCCAUAUUUUAGAUGGCAUAUUUUGGUGGAUUCCUACAAUCACAUUUUUGAGGUAUGUGUGUCCUGAACCCCAGAUGUGAUGAAGGCCAGAAUAUUCUGGGGAAAACUGAGCAGGUCUUGGAACCAGAAAGGCUCCAUAGGAAGCAUGGAGAUAAAAACUGGAUAAAGAGGAGAAGUUCAGGUCGGGGGAAGUUUUUAGUCGGGGGGUUGGAGGGGAGGGGGAUCAACCACACAAAGCUCCAAGAAGAGAGAUCCUCUGUCGAAUGAAGAGAGCACAGAGAGAGGGAAAAGACAAGAUUGAGCUGGAAUGGGGAAAGGGGCAGGCAGCAUUUAAGAUGCUGUAGGCAGCCAUUCUCAACCCCUUUGGUGGGGAGGUCUAGCUGCCCUUUCACAGGUUGAAAGCCCAGCGUAUCAGACAUCCUGCAUUUCAGAUAUUCACAAUGCCAUUCAUAGCAGUAGCAAAAUUGCAGUUAUGAAGUAGCAACGAAAACAAUGUGAUGGUUGGGAAUCACUACAACAUGAGAAGCUGCUGCAUGAAAGGGUCGCAGCCAUAGGGAGGUGGAGACCCACUGUGUAGGGGCAUCUGUGUAGUGCAGCCUCUCACUCCUGCAGCCACAAUGAACCAAUUUACACAAUGUUACAGCAAGUACUAGAGAUUGCAUCGAGGGGUUGCAGGGAACAAGGAAGGCUGCUGCCGGGGUCAUGUGGUAGAAUAUUUUGCAGUCAAAUUGUGUUGUAACAAUGAUAAAAAUGUACAGGACAGUCGUUGCCUAAACUUGUGAGUUGUUAUUAUCAGGUACCAUGUACUGCACCAUGUACCAGGCUUGGAUCUGACUGGCAGUUGGCUCACUCAGUACCUCUCUGCACAGAUGAACAAUGUGGUUUAAGAUGGCAUAGUGACUGUGAUCUAACCAGGGCCAGGACUUUUUAAGCUCCUCCAGAAUUUGAUGGGACAGGGUUGUAUACAUAGCCCAUCACUGACAAACAUUAUUCAUCAUAUGACUAUUAUCCAGUGGCCAACUGCCCUUGACCUAAGGCAUUUUAGUUUUGAGAUCUCUCAUAACUGUUCAAAGGCUACAGUCGUGGGUAUGGAUGGCUAGUACUCAUUACCCAUCUCAUGUCAUCCUGGAAAGAGACCACAUGAACAAUCUCAGGAAAAGCUCUUUGUGACAGUGUGACACAUUUCCCCAAAAGGACACAUCCUGCUACAAAUGCUACCUUUCCUUUGCUGAUCUGUCUCCUCCACAAAUCAUUUGAACAAACUUUUUAGAGCAUGGAACAUAGCAUCAUUUUACAUGGUAAAAGAUGACAGCUUGGGUCUUAAUCCAGUUGAGCCACAUAAUUUUUUUUUUAAUUUCACCAUUUCAUUCUUUUAGUCCACUGAUUUUAGCCUCAGCAACAAUGUUUCAGUGUGUAUUAACAUGGUCUGUUUAGCCUCAUCCAAAAAUGCACAUGGCUACACCUCCUCUUUUUCUCUGUCUGUCUCUGUCUCUCUCUCAUAUGCUGGGAUAGAUAAAUAGACAGACAGACAGACGGAUAGAUAGAUAGAUAGAUAGAUAGAUAGAUAGAUAGAUAGAUAGAUAGAUAGAUAGAUAGAUAAUAGAUUAGAUAACACACAUCUGUGUGUGAUAGAGACUCUUUGGUAACUAAAAAUAGAUGAAAUGUUAUGAUAUAUCUUUUCUUCUGUGACUUGGUCUUUGGGUCAACAUUGUUUCCAAGGAUUGGUUAUGUUGAUGCAGAGAUAUCAGUAUGGAUGUGAUAGUUCUGUAGUGUAACUUGUAGCUAGCUAAAGGUCAGAGUUUUACCUUUAGCCCCCAGCAUAUAAGACAGAGAGAGAGAGAGAGAGAGAGAGAGAGAGAGAGACAGAGACACAGAGAGACAGAGACAGAGAGACAGAGAGACAGAGAGACAGAGACAGAGACAGAGAGACAGAGAGACAGAGACAGAGAGACAGAGACAGAGACAGAGAGACAGAGAGAGACAAAGAGAGACUGAGUGAGAGAAAGAUUGAUUUUAAUUGAUUGAUGAUUGCUUCAUGGUUAAUGUUCACAGUAGCUUUCUAGCAAUGAACUCAUGACAGACUAUCGACUAUGAAUUUACAGUAUUAAGCAACUGGCAAGUAGGCAGGCUCCAAGUCAGGAUGUCAAGAAGGCGCAAUGACUCUCAAGUUUCUCCCUCUCAGGCAUAAAAUACUGUCAGCAGAGAUGUAAGACUUAACUCGAAGUUACAGACAAGUUUUAGGAGCCAAAUGUAGCAGCACAUCUGUUAUCUUGUACUGGAGAGGGAGACAGCAGACAGCUUGGUGGCAGCCUGAGCUACAUAGUGAAGUCCUAAAGGGGGAGAGGAGUGGGGGAGGGGAGAGAAUGGACUGCUUUAAGUAGACAUCAGGAGUGGAUGAGUUAGAAGCUGGAAAGACAGAGGAGAGAUGAGACCUAAAGUGGGAGAAGAAAGAAGGGAGAGAUAAAGACACCCCAGAAUGUGAGAAAGGUAAACACUGCAGCCUUCCCAACCUGUGCAGGUUUGAGGAAGUUAUGGCUUUUUCUUUUUUUUCUCAUCUGCUUCCCCAUCCCACAAAACCCAUAAACCCUCACUGAAGAGACCCGUGUAAGUACCUCCCUUCUCAAAACCCAGGCCCCAGAGCAGCAGGUCGGAAGUGCUGGUCACUUUGCUUGAUGCUGGGGAGAUCCAGAUCUCCUAAUGUGCUCACUCGGGAGUUUCCCCGCUGAUGUGUUCUCUGCAGUGUCCUACCCCUGCUGCCCAGGGUGCUGUUCUGCUAUCAGGCCAUCUUCCAACCGUAUGGCCUGUGCACCUCUAAUAACCUUCUGACUACUUUCCAUGACUCUGAAUUCCCCACCCACAGCCUCAUUUGCAGUGAGAGGAAACAUGUAGAGGAAGCGAGACUGUGGGUGGCUCUGUGUGGCCCUGGGAAGCAGAGUGGUAAGCCAGAGCCUCGGGUCACACGAAGGGACACAGCUUCAGCAAAUCAUAGUCAUGGACUGACCAGAAGCUGUGGCUCACUGCUGCCACCCAGCAUCAUGAGAGCGGAUCUGAACACAUGGAGACAGGCACAGGAUCCACACUUACCCCAGGUUAGUGAAGUGUGAGUCUCCAGCACCAGACGCUGGUGGAGAAGCACACCAGCAUUGUUCAUGGGGAGCUAUGACAAGGAGGAAACAGGCCAACAGACUGCAGCCCUGGGACUGUCCUGGAGAUCCAGAGUGCCAACGCUCCUUAAGGGAAAAUGUGGGCGAGGAAUCUUAUGGCAAGGGCCUUAUAUGACAAUGUCCCUGAGUGUGCUGAGGAGCUGGCCUUCCGCAAGGGAGACAUCUUGACUGUCAUAGAGCAGAACACAGGAGGGCUUGAGGGAUGGUGGCUGUGUUCCCUCCAUGGUCGCCAAGGCAUUGUCCCCGGUAACCGGGUGAAGCUUCUGAUUGGUCCAGUGCAAGAGACCUCCAGUCAUGAGCAACCUACUCCUGGACCUAUGCAUCAGACGUUUGGCCAACAGAAACUCUAUCAAGUGCCAAAUUCCCAGGCAGCAUCUCGUGAUACCAUCUAUCAAGUGCCGCCCUCCUACCAGAAUCAGGGAAUUUACCAAGUGCCCACUGGCCAUGGUACUCCAGAACAAGAUGUAUAUCAAGUGCCACCAUCAGUUCAGAGGAACAUUGGUGGCACUAAUGGACCUUAUCUAGGCAAAAAGGUGAUCACCCCAGUGAGGACAGGCCAUGGCUAUGUGUACGAGUACCCAUCCAGAUACCAAAAGGAUGUCUAUGAUGUCCCUCCUUCCCACACCACUCAAGGGGUAUAUGACAUCCCUCCUUCAUCAGUAAAAGGCCCUAUGUUUUCAGUUCCAGUGGGAGAGAUAAAACCUCAAGGGGUAUAUGACAUUCCCCCCACCCAAGGGGUCUAUGCCAUUCCACCAUCAGCUUGCCGAGAUGAGGCAGGGCUCAGGGAAAAAGAAUAUGAUUUCCCUCCUCCAAUGAAACAAGAUGGAAAGCCGGAAACCAGACCUGAGGGGGUUUAUGACAUCCCUCCAACCAGCACCAAGACGGCAGGGAAGGACCUUCACAUCAAAUUCCCCUGUGAUGCUCCAGGAGGUACAGAACCAAUGGCACGAAGACACCAGAGCUUUUCCCUGCACCAUGCACCCUCUCAGCUGGGACAGCCUGGGGACACUCAGAGUGAUGCAUAUGAUGUCCCCCGGGGAGUUCAGUUUCUGGAGGUACCAACAGAAACCAGUGAAAAGGCAAAUCUGGAGGAAAGAGAUGGUGUUUAUGAUGUCCCUCUGCAUAACCCAGCAGAUGCCAAAGGCUCUCGGGAUGUGGUGGAUGGGAUUAACAGACUGUCUUUCUCCAGCACUGGCAGUACCAGGAGUAACAUGUCCACAUCUUCCACCUCCUCAAAGGAGUCCUCAUUGUCAGCCUCUCCAUCUCAAGACAAAAGGCUCCUACUGGACCCAGACACAGCCAUUGAGAAGCUCUAUCGGCUCCAGCAGACCCUGGAGAUGGGUGUGUGCAGCCUCAUGUCACUGGUCACAACAGACUGGCGGUGUUAUGGAUACAUGGAAAGGCGCAUCAAUGAGAUCCGCACCGCAGUGGACAAAGUAGAGCUGUUCUUACGAGAAUACCUCCAUUUUGCCAAGGGAGCUUUAGCCAAUGCCUCCUGCCUCCCGGAACUGGUCCUCCACAACAAAAUGAAGCGGGAACUCCAAAGAGUAGAAGAUUCCCACCAGAUUCUAAGCCAAACCAGCCAUGAUUUGAAUGAAUGCAGCUGGUCCCUGAAUAUUUUAGCUAUUAAUAAGCCCCAAAAUAAGUGUGAUGAUCUAGACCGGUUUGUGAUGGUAGCUAAGACAGUGCCAGAUGAUGCCAAGCAAUUGACCACCACCAUCAGCACCUAUGCAGAGACCCUCUUUAGAGCAGAUCCUGGCAAUUCCCAUCUGAAGAAUGGGCCCGACAGCAUCAUGAACUCAAGCGAGUAUACACAUACAGGCUCCCAGAUGCAGCCACUGCGCCCUGGUGACUACAAAGCCCAGGUCCACAAUAAGCCAUUGCCUCCUUCUUUAAGCAAGGACCAGCCACCAGACUGUGGUAGCAGUGACGGUUCUGAAAGGAGUUGGAUGGAUGAUUAUGAUUAUGUGCACCUACAGGGCAAAGAGGAGUUUGAAAGACAGCAGAAGGAGCUCUUGGAAAAAGAGAACAUCAUGAAACAGAGCAAGGCACAGCUGGAGCAUCAUCAGCUGAGUCAGUUCCAGCUGUUGGAACAAGAAAUCACCAAGCCUGUGGAGAAUGACAUCUCCAAAUGGAAGCCCUCUCAGAGUCUCCCAACCACAAACAACAGUGUGGGUGCUCAGGAUAGGCAGUUGCUUUGCUUCUACUAUGACCAAUGUGAGACCCAUUUCAUCUCCCUUCUCAAUGCCAUUGACGCCCUCUUCAGCUGCGUCAGCUCAGCCCAGCCCCCACGGAUCUUUGUGGCACAUAGCAAGUUUGUCAUUCUCAGUGCACACAAACUGGUGUUCAUUGGAGACACUCUGACAAGGCAGGUGACUGCCCAGGACAUUCGCAACAAAGUCAGGAACUCCAGCAACCAGCUCUGUGAACAGCUCAAGACAAUAGUGAUGGCGACCAAGAUGGCUGCCCUCCACUACCCCAGCACUACUGCCUUGCAGGAGAUGGUGCACCAAGUAACAGACCUGUCCAGAAAUGCUCAGCUGUUCAAGCGUUCCUUGCUGGAGAUGGCCACCUUCUGAGAAGACACAGAAGUGGAAGGGACUAGUUGAAUAAUUACUAAGGAAAACUGGAAAUACUAUCUAGUUUUUGUAAAUGUUAUCUAUUUUUGUAGAUAUUUUAUAUGAAAUUGAAAUGUUUUAAUGUUUUGUGAGUUAGUUGAUUUUCAUCAAUUCAGGGAGCUGAAGUGGGAUUUUAUUUUGUUUCCCCUGUGUGGUUCUGAUAUAAACAUAUAAGUAUCUAAGGCCUAAGUUGUACAGAAAUAUGUUCACGUUUGUGUAUGCCUAUGUAUCCGUAUUUGUUUAUAGAUGUGUGUCUGAUACAGCCCAUUAAAAACAUGAAUAGAGAAGCACCUUAGUGAGCGCCUUCUAAUGCUGCAUUGUUUGGGUUUUGUAGAAAAAUUAUACCACUUAGUUGUAAUAUUGCUCUACAUGUACUAGUAGUGGUCUGAGCCCAGCACACCCAACUUUCUUGUCUGAAACCUCUUUCAAACUUGACUUGUCUUUAACACAGUGGUAAAUCUGACCAACUUCUGGUUGAAAGGAAGAGAGAGAGAGAGAGAGAGAGAGAGAGAGAGAGAGAGAGAGAGAGAGAGAGAUUCAAAAAAAUACAUUAACUUAAGGUCCAGUGUUUCAGGUGCUAGAGAGAGGCAACACAUGUGUGCUGUACUAAGAGGCCAUGUCUACAGUGGUUAUUGUGUUAUUUCAAUUCUGAAAGGAACUACAAUCAAGAGAGAACAUUUGUUUCCUUGGGGCUACAUUUGUGAGUGAUUCAGUCAUGAAGUUUUCUAAAGGAUGUUUUUAAGAGUUGAAUUUUUAAAAAUAAAAUUGCAGCAAGAAUUCAUGAAGAUACAUCAGAACUGUGACUGUGGACAAAAAGAAGCGAUGUUUCCUACAGCCAGUAGUUAAAUAAGACCUCUCUACCCUCAUUAUCUAACAGAAAUGGCCAGUUCCUUAGUCACUGAACUGUGGAACCAGCAGGCCCUGUCCUGCUCUCUCAUUGCUUGAUGGAUCCUACGCCAGUCUAAAAACUUACAUAAGCAGACCAACACUCAAAACAGCUGCAGAGAUCUGAUCUUCACAUCCCACUGUGGCCAUGGACCUUGUGGAUAAGCCACAUUACCAUAUGUCAGAUAGUCACAGCAUUGAUCCUGUGGUCUGUCUCCUCACACCUGAUGUGUGGAUACAACCCAGGCACCAAACUCAUCGUAGGCAGAUAAACUACUUCCCUCCUCCUUUAUGACCAACUCCAGAAAUGUGUUUCUUGUAGUCUCUGAUCUAUUUCAUUCCAGCCUUCAUUCAUUUGGAAAUGUGUUUUUAUUUGUUAUGGAUGUCUUGACUGAGUUAAUGUUAUUUGUUUUAAACAACCAAAUUACAAAGACAAGGAAGGGCUUAAGAAGAACAUGUGAUCUCAAUGUGAUUUUUUUUUCUUUUAAAUAAAUGGAAGAUAUUAAAGGAAGGGUGCUCUGCAAAACAAACUAUAAUUGUAAUUCUCAAAGUUCUACAUCGCCAGAAGAUGAACAGCUGAGCUAUUGGACAGCAAUUCACUGUGUCUGGCACGUGGAGCAAGAGGGUCCUGCAGCAUCAGUGCCAUUGCAAGAAGUUAGGAAGGUUAUGCUUGUAUAUCUUACUACACAAUGUGUAUCUGUUGGGUGAUGGCUACCUUGUCCUAACCUGAGUGAUGACAUUCCACAUUGUAAAAACCAAACUAUUCAAUUUGUAUUGCUCAUGGCCAUCUUGUGUAUUCAAGCCAUUAAAUGUUUGGAUCUUUUCCUUUGUA